UUUCCCCACACUGUCCUCCCCGCGCUGUUUUGUCUAUUUGUUUAUAUGAGGGCCUCCACCAAUGCUGUAAGAGCAGGAAUGUGGCCAUUCGAUCAUUGGCUUCUCGGCGGUCUAGUAUUUGCUCAGUGGAACGGAGUUGCCAACGGGCUGCAGAACAACAUGCCUAAGUUUUAUUGUGAAUACUGCAAUGCAUACCUCACCCGUGACUCCCCAUCUGUGAGAAAGACACACUGCAGUGGUCGGAAACACAAAGAGAAUGUGAAAGACUACUAUCAGAAAUGGAUGGAACGGCAGGCUCAGAGUCUGACUGACAGAACCACCGCUGCAUUUCAACAAGGAAAGAUACCUCCAACUCCAUUCUCUGCUCCUCCUCCUGCAGGGGCAACGAUCCCACCUCCCUCCCAGUCUCCUGGUCCUCCUCGCCCUGAGAUGAUGCCAGCACCCCACAUGCGGGGCCCUCCCGUGAUGCCAGUGAUGGGCCCUCCUCCUCCUGGGAGGAUGCCAGUGGGACCUGCUCCUGCAAUGAGGCUGCCUAUGGGAGGCCACUUGCCAAUGAUGCCUGGGCCCCCAGUGAUGAGACCUCCUGCCUGUCCCAUGAUGGUGCCCACCUGGCCGGGAAUGACUCAACCAGACAGAUAA